CUUUACGCAUUUGAUGACGUUACAGGGGCAUUUCCCGUAGUAACCUUUCCUGUCUGCCUGGUGGUGCGUUUGCGCCUCCUGUCUUGAAAGAGAGGUGAAGAAGAGUUUACUUUCAGAGAGUUCAAGGUUUGGUUCGGUGUUCGUGUGGAGUAAAGGGUUUUGUUGAGGCAGAAAGCCCAUUUUCACGAAGCCAAGAUGCUGAACAUGUGGAAGGUUAGGGAGUUGGUUGACAAAGCAACCAACGUGGUGAUGAACUACUCAGAGGUAGAGUCUAAAGUCAGAGAGGCCACCAAUGACGACUCCUGGGGACCAUCAGGACAGCUCAUGAGUGAAAUCUCCAGAGCCACCUUCAUGUAUGAGCAGUUCCCAGAGGUGAUGAACAUGCUGUGGGCCCGCAUGCUGAGGGAUAACAAGAAGAACUGGCGGAGAGUCUACAAGUCGCAGCUACUGCUGGCCCAUCUAAUCAGGAAUGGAUCAGAGAGGGUUGUCACCAGUACCAGAGAACAUCUGUACGACCUGAGAUCAUUAGAAAGCUACCACUUUGUAGAUGAGAAUGGGAAGGACCAAGGUGUGAAUGUGCGUCAGAAGGUGAAGGAGAUAGUGGAUUUUGUCCAGGAUGAUGAGAGGCUUAGGGAUGAACGAAAAAAGUCAAAGAAGAACAAAGACAAAUACAUCGGGGUAUCCUCAGACAGUAUGGGAUACCGAAGUCACACGGGGGACAAGUAUGACUCCAGCGACAGCCGGGGGAAGUGGGACGAUGACUGGGAGAGGAAUAAAGGGCAAUUCCCCUUCAGCGAGAAAUUGGGGGAGAUCAGCGAUAAAAUCGGCAGCACCAUUGACGAUACCAUAAGCAGAUUUAGGAAUAAGGAGAGAGACGACUCACCAGAUAGAUUUAGUGACAACGAGGAGGACCGGGGCCGCUCGUCUCAAAAUGGCCAGUCGGGAAAGGAAUUCAAAGAUGAAGAGGAGACUGUGACCACCAAGAGUGUACACAUAGUACAAGCAACAGAGACUACAGCAACACGGAAGAGAGGGGGGGUCCCGUCUAAGAAAGUAGACUUGGGGGCCGCAGCCCACUACAUAGGAGAUAAGAGCCCAGACACCACCACCAAACAGCCCCAGCCAUCAGCCCCCCAGCCCUCCAGCAGCGGCUUAGCUGACCUACUAAUGGUGGACACCACACCGAGCCAGCCUGCUGCCUCGGACCUGAUGAGUGGAUUUGCUGACUUCUCCUCACCUGCUGCCUCUGUUGGCUUCUCCUCAGUCUCUGCAGCACCUUCCUCAAGCAACGGAGAGUUUGGAGGGUGGAAUGCCUUCCCUGGAGGUCAGAUGCCAGCUACUGCUCAGACUGUGGACACCAGCGGAAAUGACCUUUUUGGAGCCAUGACAGCUCCUGCCGCCACCACCCCCGCCCCAGUCUCAGCUGCAGGCUCUGGUCCUGCCUCAGCAGACCUGUUUGACUUGAUGGGGCCAACUCAGUCCCUCAGUUCCUCCCAGAGCCUCAACCUUAGCAUGAGCAGCACACAGAGCAUGAGCACCACAGUCCUGCCCCAGUCUAGGUCACAGCCCCUACAGAACAUGGGGGGUCCUCUCCAACCUGUCCAGCAGCUCCAGCCUAUGCAGCAGGGAGUGGCCUCUCUAGGAGCCAAAGCAGCCCUCCCUUCCACCUGGUCAGACUCCUCAAUUAACAUCAGUCUGGACUUUCUGGGCCCAGGCAUGCAGCCACCUAAGCAAAACCAGCCCACCCUCAACACCCUCCAACACGGCAACCAGGUACCUGCCAACAUGCUCUCCCAGGGAUUUUCCUCUAUGAGCCUUGGAACUACAGCAGUCAAACCGCCUGGACAUCCUAUGAUGCACGCUGGUGCUGGCAUGGGGAUGGCCCCCAGCCAGGGCAUGAUGGGGAUGAGCAUGAACAUGGGGAUGCCACAGGGAGGUAUGACCAUGGGGAUGCCCAAUGCUAUGGGGAUGGGAAUGGGGAUGAACCCUGCAAUGGUCCAACAGCCCAAACACGAUGCCUUCGCUGACUUCGGCAACUUUGGAAAGUGAUAGAGCUGGAGAGCAAAGAUUAUCUGGUGGAGUGGUGUUGAUCUCUCUCUCUUUUCUCUCUCCGUCCAUUGGUGAAGGAUUGUUAUGAGCUGCAAACAAAGAGUACUUGAAUAAUGUCAACUAUCACAAUACAAACACCCUGCAAUCUCCUUAAUUGUUUUUUUAAAGAAAUGCUGUGUAGUGACAUGGAUCUAAAUGAAUUUGUGUUUGUGUUGUGUUUGAACCAAUGAUCUGGUGUUGGGCGAUGGUCAGACACACACUGAUGACAGUGUGUCUUGUUGGUUACUUUGAGUCAGUGAGAAAAGGAAGAGUGUGCCGUCAAGAGAAUGUCAGGGGAGGAUCUGCUUUAUAACCUCAAUCAAGUGAAAUCACCAGGCUAGCAAAAACAAUAUAUCAGUAGCUGCAUAAUUCUUUUGAGAUUUAUUCUCAGUAACUUUACUGAAUAAGUUUGAAUAACAUGAUCAGCCAUUUUAACUUUCUAAUGUACAUUUAAGAAUGUCAAGUUACCGCUGUCUUUUUUUUUUUUUUUUUCAUUGUUCUUCCUUUUGACCUGUAAAUAGAAAAUCUGGAGCCCUUACACAUAAGUUAUGAAGUUCCUAUAGGAGAGGCAGUGACUGUGUGAAGAGUUGUAUCAUACAGACCAAAUCUGAUAUGAAUCAAGACCCAUAACAAAGCACAUUGACACCUUCUCUAUGUACAUACGUCUCCACACACUCCAGAUGUGGCCCCUCAGUGCUCCAGAGAAAGUAAAGAAAGAGUGUUUGGAGUGAUGGCUUUUGAUUUAUUUAAGGAGUUUCUCCUUCAUCAGACCAUCAUUUGUGGCCUUUUCUUAUUGCUAUAUAAAUAUAUAUAUUUUACUUAUGAAGAAUAUUAUAAUCAUUUUGCAUCCAAAUGAGAUAAUCAGUAGGUAGAAAGCCUCUUACCGGGGUUGUGGGUUCUUCAUUACAGCACAGAGUGCCUGAAAGACCUUUUGCCUUUUCUCUUCAGUUCACCUCUUUGAAGGAAACAAUGUGACUGUGCAGUGUUGAGGGCGGCUACCAGAAAAGAGCUUCUGUUUGUACUAAUGCCUCAAGCCAAGCGUACUGUCUGUACAGAUAUCGGAUGCAAUCAUAUAAUUAUUCCACUCGCUCUCUGUUUUGUUUGUCCCGUACACACUUUUGUGGUUCCAUUUUAUUCAGGUCAGCGAUUACUUCAGAGCUUAAAAACCCUUAAUUCAACACCUCGAGUAUUGAUGCAGACUGUUAUUAAGAUUGCAUCAUGCGUCCAUGUGUUGUAAAUGUCCACCAGGGCAUAUCCCUAAAUGCUGCACUCUCACCUUCCAUCAUUAUUAAUGUUACACAUUAAAAAAGGCAAUCUGUCAUAACCCUCAUCAGUAGAAGUUCGCAGCCUGUCGGGACGAUUGUGAGAGGAAGCACCAGUUGGGCUGCAGUUUGUACACACCCAGUAUGUUAUGGCGGCUCGAUGAAUGUGUUGUGGGUUAACGCUUAAUGAACAGUCACAUUCAGCUAACGGAUCUGUUGGAUCUACAAAACAUUGCUCUUCAGUGGUUCAAGUGCCUGCCGGUGGUUGCCUCCUGACCCUUGUAAUGACUGAUAAGUAAAUCUUGGCUGCCUGACAUUUUUGAUAUGUCAACAAUUGGAUAAAUAAUUCACUGAGCAGAGAUGAAGACAGUGGAUUGUGUAGCCCCGAGAGUAUUGAAGUUGUGCUUCCUACUCUCCCAAGGGCUCAAGAGGCAGAGCACACUAACACAUAGUAGCCUUGCGUCGGAGUCUGAAACAUUAAAAAUGACCAAAAUCUGUUUGCUGUUUUUUCUAAAAUAUAAGUAGAAGUUGUUUUAUUCAUUUUGUUUUCUACUUUAAAUUGUUUUGAUCUUCUCUGAAAUGGGAUUGUUACUGAAACACUAGCAUAUGCAAAUGUAAGAAAAGAAAAUCCUUUGAGAAAAUGAAAAUUUUGCAUUAUUCCCAUUUUGAUUUACACAUCGAUUCUUUAUCUACAACAUUAAACAGUUGAUUGAAAUUUGUUAA